CGCUACUUGGUGUGGGGAAUGCACUCGUCCUACCGUGGCCAUGGCUACUCACAGCGAGCCUCCUCGCCAGAGCUCGGCUCCGCCCUCCGUGCCGUGCGCGGACUACGAGCAGCCACGCCCCGGGCGCCCCGCGCGGAGCAUGUGAGCAGUGGAAGCAGAGCAGGCUAUGCAGGCUCGGCACGCGGUGCUUCGCCUGAGCGGAGUUCUCCACAGAAAGAGCCGUGGAAUAGCCAUUGGUUCUCAAAGGAGGAAUCCGACAAGCGCUUCCAACGUUUGACUUGCGCAGCAAAGUCAGGCUCGCAAUUUCCUCCCGAGCCCAUGCCACCUCGAGGUCCUCGUCCUGCGACGUCUUAUCGUCACCUGCAUAGGGCUGGAUUUGAUCGAUCCCUGUCACCAGAGCGGGAAGACCCCAGAGUCUCCAGAGCGUUGCACGCAGGACGACCCGGACGACACAGCGAGCCGAGUCUGGCACACUUGCUGUUGGAUGCAGCAGUCACAGGCGACCCCUUGCAACUGGAGGAGGUUCUUGAACAUGUGCAGCUCGAAGGGCGCAACCUGGGUGCCUUCUUGGCCACCCGCAACGAAGAAGAUGCCACAGCCCUCCACAUUGCUGCCAAUCGGGGACAUGUCGAGGUUUGCGACCUGCUCUUGCAGAAGCGAGCAGACGUGCUGGCCACUGAAGGCCAUGGUGCUUCUCCAUUGGUGCUGAGCAGCUCUCGCGGCCAUGAGGAGGUGGUCCGGCUGCUGGUCCGCUACAAAGCCCAAGGCCAUCAGUGCGACCGCAAAGGGCGGAAUGCGUUGCAUGUAGCCGCACUCCACAAUCCCGAGAUUGUUCGGCUCCUGCUGCAGCACUGGCCUGAGCUGGUGGCUACACAGGACCACCAGGGCUACAAUGCUUUAGCUUUCGCCUUGACGAAUCCAUCUCUUGAAGCACAGAAUGACAUUCUG